AUGGCUCUAAUGCGAUCCUCAGAAAUUCCUAAAGAUGCAAUAGUAGUAGACGAAUUAGAAGCUUCAGAGUAUAUGUGGGAUAUUGUCUACAAUUGGAAGGAUCUAUCAGACGUAUGGGCGUUGCGCCAUGGUUCAACAAUUCUCGGCGGUAUAAAUGCUAUGUCUGGUAUCCUGAUGAACUACCACUAUCGUACGAAAUUAAAACUUGGCAACUAUGGAUAUCUAUCGAGUGUGAUUCCUGUGUCAUUGAUGCCCGCAAUGCUUACUAUUUUGUUUCAUAGAUAUUCAAUAACAACAAAUAUAUUGCUUAUAAAAGAAACCUGUCCACUGUGUUAUGAACUUAGAUCAAGUGCAAUACAAUUGACAUUAGGAACUGCAUACCCACUGUUAUUAGCCCCUACAGGAGCUCUUAUGCUUGCUAGCAGAUACAACACACAUAGAGUUCCUGAAUUAAAAAAGGGACCUAAAGUUCUGUUUGAAUUUGUUCGCAAACUUACAAAACCUUUUUCAGGAGCCUUGACAACUCUUAGCCUCAUACAAGUUGCUGCGUCAUCUGUUGUAACUUAUUUUGAAUUAAAAAAUAAUAUUGUAUUUAGAAAUAAACUAAUAGACAUUGAACAAAAGAUUCUUCAAAGUAAAUCAAAUUUGUAA